CCGCCCUUUAAAGGCGAGUUUGUCUUCGAUCGCGCACUCAAACAAAUCUCAUUCAGGCCAAUCGGCUCCACAAUACAACAACAACCCCCCUGGCUUGGGCGUGGGAAACAAACAUAACACCAUGGCCGUCGAUACAAGCUACUUGACCACUCAGGUCAAUAACAUCGUCACCCAAUUGCAUGGCAUCUUUGAUGACAUCGGCGUUCCCAACCAUGAGCGCGAGUCCAGAGAAGCAGAGCUUUUCAGCGCGUUGUCUGAAACGCUAAACAACCACCUCAAACUUGUGGAUAAUGAGAAAAAAGAUAUGGAGGAAGAGGCACAGAACCUCAUUGAGGCAAUCCAGCAUAUGGAGAAGUCCCUAGUGGAUGAGAAAGCAAACGGACAAUACCAGCUUGACCACAACGAACUGCGCAUCAGCUACCCACUGAAUCGCUGCCUCAGCUUCCUCCGGGAAGAGCACAACGCUCUGAGCAAACUACACAAGGAGCGCUUCGAGCAAGUCAGGAAACUUGUCGAGGCUCUUGAGUCGUAUGCGUCGCAUCUGGAACCCACCUUUAUCGCCAUUGAGCUUCCCCCGACAGCUCCUGGUUCAACCAUUUCACCCAGCUUCGAUCUCUCGCCAUCCUACGUCACUGCACUAGACAGCGAAUUCACCCGCGUUUACGAAGAGUACCAUCGCCGUCUGGAGUUUGUUCAGUCCACAUCUGAAGAGAUUAUCAAGCUCUGGGCUGAGCUCGGAACGCCUCAGGUCCAGACAGACACCAACAUCGUCAAAUAUUAUCGCGAAUCGCCAGAACAGUUAGGUCUACAUGAGUCGGAUCUAGCCAACUUGAUGGCCAAGCGCGAGAAGCUCCUGGGCGAGAAGAAAGGCCGUGAGCGCAAACUGACGGACCUUAAGAACGCCGUUGAAGCGCUGUGGGAACGUUUCGGAGUCGAAGACGCCGACAGAAAGGCUUUCAUGAAUGCGAACCGUGGCUGCGGACUUAGGACGAUCAAUGAGUUCGAGGAUGAGUUGAGUCGUCUGAAUGAGCUGAAGAGACAGAACCUGCACUUGUUCGUGGAAGAUGCUCGGUGUCGACUUCAAGAGCUCUGGGAUAGCCUUUACUUCUCGGAAGAAGAGAUGCUUGACUUUACGCCUGCCUUUUCGGAUGUUUGCAGCGAUGCGCUGUUAGAGGCGCACGAAGCUGAAAUCGCGCGACUAGAGACCUUGAAGGAACAGCGCGCCCCGACUCUGCAACUCAUCGAAAAGCAUAAGAGCCUCCUGUCAGAGCGGGAAGCGCUCGCCGUUUCGAGUCAGGACGCAUCCCGUCUUAUGGCUCGUGGAAACAAGGGCGAGAGACGUGACCCCGGAAAGCUGCUAAGAGAAGAGAAGAUGAGAAAGAGGAUUGCCAAGGAGCUGCCCAAGGUGGAAGCUGAUCUGCGCAAAGAGCUGGAGAGGUGGGAGGAUGAGUAUGGCCGGCCAUUCCUCGUCCAUGGAGAACGGUACCUCGACGAACUCACCCCAGUUGUUGCAAAGCCUCCUCCGCGCUCCAAGACUCCUGGACCUACCAGCGCAAAGCGUCCUACCCCAGCACAACCUCCUCGUCCGGCUAGUGUCAUGAGUUCUCGGCCUGGCAGUGCCAUGCGAGGACCUUUGCCGCCGCGCUCGGCUUCUAAGACACCCACUGCCCACCCAACAACAAAAUACAACACCAUUGGACCUGCUGCUGGUAGGGCAGGAGCCAAAUCGCCCUCGAAGAUUCCAGCUCGUGUUCCCCUGGGCAAUAUGCCGCAUGGAAACAACUCCCCGCGCCGGGGUGGUCCAGGCACAUAUUCGUCUAGCACUGUGAACGGUAAGAUGCCGGCGCCUCGUGCACCUCCGCCGAGGAUGCGGGCAUUGACCGGAGGUGAGUCGAGGGAAGAUCGAGCGGCAUACCUCUUUGAGCCACCACGAUCUGCCAGCGCCUUGUCGAAUUCAUUCGUGCGACCAGUCAGCCCAGAGGACGUGUAUGAUGAUCGUAAUCAACGCUCUUUUGUCAGCUCUUCUGCGUUCUCUCAACGCUCCACUGGAUUCUCCCAAUCAUCCCACUCUUCAGCUUCGUCCCUGUCCUUGAGCUCCUCUAUGCAAGGCUACCCCAAGCCAAACCCAUAUUUGCAGCAAAUGCCCCCACCGCCAGCGCCGAGACAAGUAUCGAACUCCACGGUGCAGACCGCAGUAUCCGGGUCAGAGAACUGGGAGACUUUCGAUGACGGUUCGGAAUCCGAAGCAGACGCUAGCGACGUGUACUAUGCGAAGCUUCGUGCUGCACAUGGGAAGCGGCUGGCUGAUCCUGAGGAGAACCAGAACCGCUCCCUUGCAGGCAAGAAAGCCAAAGGCAUCCGAAGCGUAAGCCCAGAUGAGCCAGGUCCCCAGAUGGGGAACAUGGUUCGAGUCAGCGACGCCGAGUGGACGGACGACCUGGAGCCAUAUUGAAGCCUCCGAUAGCCUUUCGUUGAUCUAAUGACCCUACUCGAGACUUUCAGGGGUCUCUGAAAGAACGUGAUUACGAGACGACUCGACGUUGACGAUUUCACGAACGACCCUGAAGCCCUCUUUCUGUCA